AUGGCUUUCAGCAGAGGUUUCCGACUUUGCGCCUGGCGCGCAAGGCUGUUCUGCCUUGCCGCGCAUUUCAUUGUGGCCCUCGUGUGGGCUGCAGAAGAUCAAGAGGACUCGUCGGAGUCGGAUCAUUCGAACUAUGACGAUGGGGUACAGCACAUCACUCCACUCUCGGGUUCGAACAACAUGUUGGACGCUCAAAGCAGGUUUGGGGAGGCACCCGUCACCGACCUCGGUGCUGUGCUGCAUAUUGUGAUGUUAACAGCCGAUUUAGUCGAGCGACUUGAGCAGGCGGAGGAUGAGAUGUGGUCGAAUGUUGAGAGGGACCACGACCUCAUGAACGCGCUGGUGCAGAUUCCGAUGAAUUCGUUAGAGCUAGGAAAGCAGCAAACCGAUGCAAUAGAGAGAGUCAUAAACGGACUCAAGCGAAAAAUCGCCAUGUUCAAGUGGCAGUAUCGCGAACUGCUGGAGCUUAUAAGCUCCACUGCCAUUCAGAACGCUGGUGCCACCCGGGAGCGUCUGGGGAAGCUACGGAUGCGGGUGAGCGACGCUGUGCGUAUGGUUUCUGUUAUUGCACUGGAGGAGUUCGGGGCAUUUGCCAGUCGCCUGAAGUCCACACCUAAAGAACGAGUUCUGGUCGCUCGCGAAUAUGGUGCUGAAAUGGCACUUAGUUCUCAUCGAGUGGAUCUCAUGGAAAGGAAGUACAAACAGCUGCCUGCCUGUGAGCUGCGUGGUGCGCAGCUAUGCGACGCCUAUGAUAAAAUCGUGGAGCGCGUUCAGCACUGGGACAAGGAACUAACUGCCCAUUCCAUCCGAAUCUCCGAAAGGGCUAUGGAGGAAAUGCGUAUUCAGAUGGACAGUUACGCAAGUGCUGCGGGAGCUGCAAUGUCAGUCAAGGAAACAGAGUUCACGCGUUUCGUGAAGAACUCAAGGAUGGAAGACCUUUACUUUCAGUCAAUCAUGGAGGAUUGCGUGGAGCAGCUCAGUUACAAGGGAGUAGCUGUAAUUGAUGUCAGCAAAGCACGGGAUCCAACUAAUCCAGGGAUCGCCACAGCGGGCGGCUGGAUCAGCAAGAUAAUCGAAGCCGUCUCUUCGGUAAACUCAUCUUGGGCCAUCUACCCUACUUUUGUGCAUGUGGACGAACAAGAUACGAGGUAUCCCGGUGGUUCUGGCCGACUGCAGCUUCAGCCGUCAGUGCGAACUAUUCAGGCUGCAGUGGAACCGUUGUUUAAGGAGCCCGGCCUAUCUCAGUACUCCGUAGUUUCUAUUAGUCAGCUAUUGACGCGCAUUGUUGUCGCAUCAACCAAUGUUGCUGGAAUGGCAGUCUCCCCGGUUUCCGUGUUUGCUUCAACUGAGCCCGCUGUUGUAACUUCGGCCAAACAUUUUGGUUUUCACUUCACUCGACGUCUGGCACACCUGAAAGCUUCAGAUUUCAGCAUCACGAACAACGACCAGAAGGUUGUGAUUGCCUACAUCGGGAGAACUCCGCAGGCCGAAUUUAAAGGGAGCGAGAUGAAUUUAACCUGGCUUGCUCAGCUAGGCACCGCCAUCGUUUCGUUCUUGUCAUUUGAUGCAACCGGCCCCUUCGAACUGCUCGAGUUGCGGUCGCGAGUUAGAAAUGAGCUUGCUUAUGUGGCAGCAAUCGAACGAAAUACAAAUACACGGCUACUGUCUGGGGCGGUGGCCAGCAGCUACGAUACGCUGUUGGCUGAAGGCGAUUCUGACCUCGGAUACUUCAAGCUCUUUGAGAGACAUAACACGGCAGUUUUCGUGGGAAUUACGUCGUUGCCACCUCUGCAACUGCCACUUUCGUCCUUCCUAAGGGCGGCUGCGUUUAUUAUGCGAAUUGAGGUUGCACGCUCCGCUUAUGGCCAGAGGGAAUAUGUGGUGCCCUCGAGGGAUACUGUCCUGCAAGCCCUGACUCAUCUAUUCUUGUACCCGCAGAUGGGGGACGCCCAGGCCCUCGUCCGUACGCAGCUGAAGCGAGACACACGAUUUCCGUUCCUUCGGGUCAAAUCGGGCGUGUCCUUGGGCUACCUCAUAACAUCUCAGCGACGAAUUCUGCUGGGCAGGGACCACCUUGCAGACCUCAGAAGUCAGCACGUUCGGAGGAACUCCAUGGUGGCAACUUUGACAUCAUAUGUUUCCACUGACUUCAUUCCACAGAAUGUGGAGUCUCUACGAGGCGCGCUGGAUGGCCGUCUACUGUAUGUGCAGGUUUGCAUUGUCGGAGAACAAUGCAGCUGA